AUGUUGGAGGAUUUUGGCGUCAGAGUUGGUGGAGGUGUUGGUGUUGGGGUUGGGGUUGGCGGAGCAGAUUUUGGUGACGCUGUUGGUGGUGCUGUUGGUAUCAGAGUUGGUGGAGGUGUUGGUGUUGGGGUUGGGGGAGAAGAUUUUGGUGACAGUAUAGGCAUUGGUGGAGCUGAUUUUGGUGAAGGUGUUGGUGUUGGCGGAGCAGAUUUUGGUGUCGGUGUUACUGUUGGCGGAGCAGAUUUUGGAGGUGGUGUCGGUGUUGCAGGAGCAGAUUUAGGCGAUGGUGUUGGUGUUGUUGGUGGAAGUAUUGGCGUCAGAGUUGGUGGAGGUGUUGGUGUUGGGGUUGGGGUUGGCGGAGCAGAUUUUGGUGACACUGUUGGUGUUGUUGGUGGUGCUGUUGGUGUCAGAGUUGGUGGAGGUUUUGGUGUUGGGGUUGGGGGAGAAGAUUUUGGUGACGAUUUUGGUGUCGGUGUUACUGUUGGCGGAGCAGAUUUUGGAGGUGGUGUCGGUGUUGCAGGAGCAUAUUUAGGUGAUGGUGUUGGUGUUGUUGGUGGAAGUAUUGGCGUCAGAGUUGGUGGAGGUGUUGGUGUUGGGGUUGGGGUUGGAGGAGCAGAUUUUGGUGACGCUGUUGGUGUUGGCGGAGCAGAUUUAGGUGUUGGCGGAACAGAUUUUGGAGGUGUUGUCGGUGCUGGAGGAGAAGAUUUUGGUGACGGUGUUGGUGGCACUGUUGGCGUCAGAGUUGGUGGAGGUGUUGGUGCUGGGGUUGGCGGAGAAUAUUUUGGUGACGGUGUUGGUAUUGGUGUUGGAGGAGCAGUUUUUGGUGAAGGUGUUGGUAUUGGCGGAGUAGAUUUUGGAGGUAGUGUCGGUGUUGGAGGAGAAGAUUUUGGUGACGGUGUUGGUGUUUUUGGUGGCAGUGUUGGCGUCAAAGUUGGUGGAGGUGUUGGUGUUGGGGUUGGUGGAGCAGUUUUUGGUGACGGUGUUGGUGUUGUUGGUGGCACUGUUGGGGUCGGAGUUGGUGGAGGUGUUGGGGUUGGCGGAGAAGAUUUUGGUGACGGUGUUGGUGUUGGUGUUGGAGGAGCAGAUUUUGGUGAAGGUGUCGGUGUUGGCGGAGCAGAUUUUGGUGUCGGUGUUGGUUUUGGUGGAGCAGAUUUUGGAGGUGGUGUUGGUGUUGGAGAAGCAGAUUUUGGAGGCGGUGUUGUUGUUGGAGGUACAGAUUUUGGAGGCGAUGCAGGUGUUGGUGUUGGUGGAGCAGAUUUUGGUGAAGGUGUUGAUGUUGGCGGAGUAGAUUUUGGAGGUAGUGCCGGUGUUGGAGGAGAAGAUUUUGGUGAUGGUGUUGGUGUUUUUGGUGGCAACUUUGGCGACGGUGUUGGCGUUGUUGGCGGCACUGUUGGGGUCAUAGUUGGUGGAGGUGUUGGCGGAGAAGAUUUUGGUGAAGGUGUUGAUGUUGGAGGAGAAGAUUUUGGUGACGGUGUUGGUAUUGGAGGAGAAGAUUUUGGUGUUGGUGUUGGUGGUGCAUAUUUUGGACUUGGUGUUGGUGUUGGAGGAGCAAAUUUUGGAGGCGGUGUUGGUGUUAGAGGUACAAAUUUUGGAGGCGGUGCAGGUGUUGGUGUUGGUGGAGCAGAUUUUGGAGUUGAUGCUGGAGGAGCAGAUUUUGGAGAAGUUGUUGGUGUUGGCGGUGCAGAUUUUGGUGAUGAUUUAGGAGGUGGUGUUGGUGUUGGCGGUGCAGAUUUUGGAGGCGGUGCAGGUGUUGGUGUUGGCGGAGCAGAUUUUGGUGUUGGUGCUGGUGGAGCAGAUUUUGGAGAGGGUGUUGGCGGUGCAGAUUUUGGUGACGGAGUUGGCGGAGCAUAUUUUGGAGGUGGCAUUGGUGUUGGCGGUGCAGAUUUUAGAGGCGGUGCAGGUGUUGGUGUUGGUGGAGCAGAUUUUGGUGUUGGUGUUGGUGGAGUAGAUUUUGGAGACGAAUUUGGAGGUGGUGUUGCUGUUGGCGGAGCAGAUUUUGGUGACAGUGUUGGUGUUGGCGGAGCCGAUUUUGGUGACGGUGUUGGUGAUGUUGGUGGCGGUGUUGGUGUUGGGGGAGCAGAUUUUGGAGGUGGUGUUGGUGUUGGCGGUGCAGUUUUUGGAGGGAAUGUUGGUAUUGGCGGAGCAUAUUUUGGUGAAGGUGUUGGUAUUGGUGGAGAAGAUUUUGGAGUCGGUGUUGGUAUUGUCGGAGCAGAUUUUGGUGUCGGUGUUGGUGUUGGUGUUGGUGGAGCAGAUUUUGGUGAUGGUAUUGGUGUUGUUGGUGAUGGUAUUGGCAUCAAAGUUGGUGGAGGAGUUGGUGUUGGUGGAGCAUAUUUUGGUGGUGGUGUUGGUGUGAGGGUUGGUGGAGUAGAUUUAGGAGGCGCUGGUGUUGGAGUAAUUGGUGGUGUUGGUUUCGGAGUUGGUGGUGGCGUUAGUGUUGGUGGUGUUGAUGGUGGCAGUGUUGGUGUCGGUGGAGGUGCUAUUGUUGGCGGUACUGGUGUUGGUGUUGUUAUUGGUGGGGUUGGUGUUGGAGUUGGUGGAGCAGAUUUCGGUGUUAGUGCUGGCGGUGGAGCAGAUUUCGGUGUUAGUGCUGGCAGUGGUGGUGGUUGA